CGGCGCCCAGCGCGUCACUUCCUGCGCGCCGCCCCGCCGCCAUGGCCGCCCCGCCGCCGCGCCGCAGCCCCGCCGUGUUCCCGUCGCCGCGGGAGCUGGGCCCGGCCCUGGCGCGGCUGGUGACCGAGCGGGCGGCCGAGGCGGGCGGCGGGCGCUUCGCGCUGGGCCUCUCGGGAGGGAGCCUGGUGGAGCUCCUGGCCCGGGACCUGCCCCCCGCCGUCGCCGCCGGCCCCGCCGCCGCGGGCCCGUGGCUGGUGGCCUUCUGCGACGAGCGGCUGGUGCCGCCCGGGCACCCGGAGAGCACGGCCGGCGCCUACCAGGCCCGGCUGCUGCCGCAGCUGCCGGCCCCGGGACCGCGCGUGCUGACCCUCACCCCCGGGCUCCCUCCCGCCGCCGCCGCCGAUGACUACGCCGCGCAGCUCCGCCAGGCUUUCCCGGGCGAGGAUGUCCCCGUCUUCGACUUGCUGGUGCUGGGGGUCGGGCCGGAUGGACACACGUGCUCCCUCUUCCCCGGCCACCCCCUGCUCCAGGAGAAAGAGAAAAUAGUUGCCGCUAUCACGGACUCCCCGAAGCCGCCGCCGGAGCGAAUAACGUUAACCCUGCCCGUGCUGAACGCCGCGCGGAUGGUCGUCUUCGUGGCUACGGGGGAAGGCAAAGCUGCCGUUUUAAAGCGCAUUUUGGAAGGCGACGAGGAAAACCCGCUUCCCGCCGCUCGCGUCCGGCCUCGCUCCGGGCAGCUGCGCUGGUUUCUGGACGAGGCGGCAGCCAAGGAGCUGAGCAUCCCCGUCGAGAAACACCCCGUCUUGUAGAGCCGGCCAGGCUCGGGCGAUGCGUUUGAUCGUGGCGCUCGGUUGUGGCCCCGAACGGGCUUGUUUUUCCUCCCCUCCCCCACCUCUUUUUGGAACAAACGGUCCUUUGCCGAGCAGGAAUUUCCCCGUAACGAUCCCUUCGGUUCGGCGGGCGCCGGCUUGGAGUCACGCGCGGAGCGUUUCGGGCGCGACAGGGCAGCGCGAUAUUAAACGAGACGGAUUUCA